UUCGACCUCUUUCUCCGAAUAAACAGGGUAUCUUCUAGUCAAGACUCGGCACUCUCGUCUCUCUCACUCGCUUUGCUUUGCGUUGGGUCUUGGACUGGUCGAGUCGUCGCUGCGACUGUUUGACUGGUCGAGUGCCUCACCUGCUGCUCGUCUGUCCGUCCGCGGGCAGAACUCAGCUGAAGCUCAGCUGUGGCUCUGCGCUUUGUUUUUUGUUUUUUGUAUCUGGGGUAUAAAAAGCAUCUUCAGCUGGCGCACAAAUUUUAAUCAGCCCGAAAAGCUGCGUCCGUCCACAACAGAAACGAAUCGCAAACGAAUCCCAAUCGAGACUCAAUCGAAUACGCGAGUGAAUAGUGUUGUAAAGUGAAUCAAUCCAAAGAAUCUAACGGCAAAAAUGUCUCACAAAAAAUCUGUGGCCAAUCUUCUGCUGAUGGGACUGGCGCUGCAGCUGACCUCGGCGGUGCUGGCGGACGUCUCGCACUUGGAGUACUCCAUUUCGCCCAGCUCCCAGCUGGGCGCCUAUCAUUAUCCCGCGCCGCGUGCCCCGCUGCGUCAGCUGUCGCACCAGCAGGUGGCGCGACAAUUUGUGGAGCCAGCCCUGGAGCAUGCGGCCUUUACCCAGGUGCUAACCAGCAGUGGCUACGUGUUCGGUGGCAAUACUGUCGCUGCCGCCUCCGCCGCCUCGGCACCGCUGACCGCCGCGGCGACGGGUCGUUCCAUUGGCUCGGCGACGGCGCAUGCGGAUGCCAAUUCGCUGAAUCUGAAGCUGCCCGUGCCCUUUGGCCUGAUGCCAUUGAAUGUGGCGAAUUUGCCGCUGCAGGCGGGCGCCUCAUAUGCCACAGUGCCGCGCACCACCGGGCUGACCUCCUACGGCACGGCGCAAAUACAAAGGCGCUGAGCCAGCUGCACCACCAGCUGCACCACAUAUCUGUAUAGAUUUCCAUAGGCAUCGAUUUUAGUUGAUAUUAAGUUGAACGCAAGCCACAGAGACAACCGACUGUUUUUAUUACCUCUGUGAGUGAGUGUGUGUGUGUGUGUGUGUGUGUGCGCGUGCGUGUGUGUGAAUCAUCUUAGUGAAUAUACUCGAAAUAUACUCGAAAUAUAUUCGAAAUAUGCUCGUAAAUAAAGUAAAAGCUACUUGCCAUUU